AUGGCAGUAAACCUCCAUGAUAUCUUAUACUGGUUGUUAUAUUUCAGGGCUUUAGAAAACUUGUUCGACUCAACUGAAGGUCAAAAGAUUUAUUCAGAGAUAGAUGAUCAAGUCUACGAAAAAGAAUUUGAAGAAAAUGGCAUUAAAGGUAUCCAACAGAAGGUAACAGACGAAUUAGAUAAAUGGAAACAUGUUCCUGUGCAUAUAGCCGUUGCAGGAGAAAGUGGGUGUGGAAAAUCUGCUUUCAUAAACGCCGUAAGGUCACUGUCUCCAGAAGAUAAAUACGCAGCCGAGGAAGGAUUGGAAGAAACGACAUAUGAAAUAUGCCCAUACAGACAUCCUGAAUCAGACGGAUUCAUCAUGUGGGAUCUUCCUGGCGUUGGGACAAACCAAUUUCCAAAGGAAAAGUAUUUGGAAGCGAUACAGUAUGAAAAGUAUGAUUUUUUCAUCAUUAUGUAUGAAAAGCGAUUCCGAGAAAUCGACACAUGGCUUGCAAAAGCAGUGAGGGAUAAAAAUAAAAAAUUCUUUUUUGUACGGACACAUAUCUACCAAGCAUUAAAACAAGAGAAGAAAAAUCGCCCUACCACAUUUCAAGAGGAAGUUGCUCUUGACAAAAUGAGAAAUAAAUGCUUAGAAGAAGCCCUUGUCGCAGGACUGAAAGAUCCAAAAGUAUUUUUGAUCGAUAAUAAGAAGAAGGAGAUGUUUGAAUUUGGGGCACUGCAAGACGAGCUUUUAUCUUCAUACGAUUCUUUGAAACGGGCGUCAGAUGAUAUGAAGAAAACGACAUUGGCUUUUUCGCUGUCAGCCAUAACAACGAAUGUCAUGUUGUGCAAGAAAGAGGCUCUUUCGAAACGAAUCCCGAUAGUUGCAUUGGCUGUUGCUUCUAGUAUGUCUGAAUACGAGGAAAUUGAAAAGUUCAAGGCGGAAAUAGAAUUCUAUCAGAAACAAUUUAAUAUCGAUACACAACAGCUCGAAGAGAAUAAAGAGUUGAUGUCGCUCACAGAAACUGAACUUAAAGAAUAUCGCAUUGUUUUCGACGGACAUGAAAGCAGCGGAGGAACUUCAGUUGAGACACCCACGCGCACACGAAAUGCAGCCGGCAGAUGGGAUCGCUUUAAGGACUUUUUCGUCAGAGUAUUUCAAUCAAAAGAAAAAUGGCUCAUCUAUGAAUAUUGUAAAACAGCACUGGCAAAUAAUUUAGACAGUAUGUAUGAGCAAGCUAUCAAAUUAUAUGGCUUGAAGAUGACACUGAAUGUGGUAGCUUCAAGUACAAACUGA